CUUGCAACAUAUAUAUAUUAUAAAAUAUAGAAAAAGAAAGAUCGCCAUGACGAGUUCUCUAACAAUAAUAUUCUUCUUACUUAUUCUCUUAUGUAUUCCUAUCUAUAUAAACACCUUCUAAGUCCCAAUACCAAUCACACAAUUCAUAAUACUACUCCCCCAGAAGUACUACAACAUUAAUUACAGUCUUAGUUUGUUAUUUCUACUAAAAUAAUUAAUGGCUGCUAUUUCCAUGGACCCACGGUUCAACCGCUCAUACAAGAACCACCACCACCACAACCUAAAUGGUGGAGCCACCGUGGAAGAAGAAAUCGAAGGCCUAAUUCGAGUUUCUAAAGACGGCCGCGUCGAAAGGCCGGCCAUCAUCCCCAAUGUCCCACCCACAUGGUCACUAAACAAAAACCUGGUCACAUCAAAGGACGUUGUCAUGGACAAAAACACCAACCUAUGGGCUCGCAUUUAUGUCCCAGCUGCCGCUGCGCCGCCAUUGACGGGCCACCAGCUCAAGCCUUUGCUCGUUUACUUCCACGGCGGUGGCUUCUGCGUGGGCUCUGCCGCAUGGAGCUGCUACCAUGAAUUCUUGGCAAACCUUUGUACCAAAGCUAACUGCAUAAUAGUCUCGGUAAAUUACCGUUUAGCCCCCGAAAACCGGCUUCCCGCGGCUUACGAGGACGGCUUCAACGCCCUCAUGUGGAUCAAACACCAAGCUCAGACUCAGAGUAGUAGUAGUAGUAGUAAUUCCAGCUGGCUAAGCCAAUGCAACAUGUCAAGCCUAUUCUUGGCUGGGGACAGCGCUGGAGCAAGCAUAGCUUAUCACGUAGCCACUACUCGGCUAGCUGCUGCAGCCUCGGACGACGCCGUUUUGAGGCCGUUUAGACUGAAGGGUGUGAUUCUGAUUCAACCCUUUGUUGGGGGUGAGACGAGAACUGGGUCUGAGAAGUAUGGGAGUCAACCAUCGAAUAACUCGGCGUUGACUCUCUCAGCUUCUGACACGUAUUGGAGACUGUCCUUGCCUUUGGGUGCGAACCGGGACCACCCUUGGUGCAACCCUUUGAUCAAUAUUAAUGGAGAAUCAGCCAACAAGUACUUGAUGAGGCCUAAUAAUAAUAAUCAUAAUAAUGUGGGUGUAAUGGUUUGUGUUUCGGAAAUGGAUAUAUUGAGAGACAGAAACUUGGCUCUGUGUAACGCUUUGGUUAGCUCAGGGAAGAAGGUAGAAAUGGUUAUGUAUAAAGGGGUUGGUCAUGCAUUUCAAAUUCUGCAUAACUCUAGUUAUUCUCAACUUCGAACUCAGGAAAUGAUGUCACAUAUCAAGAAUUUUGUCCAUCAAUAAGUAUUGGUUUUGGGUAUCUAAAAUGGUUUUUGUGUACGUAGUUCAUAUUUAUUUAGUUAUAUAUGUUUAUAUUAAGUUUAACUACAGGGCUUUUCUUUAGUACUA